GAGAGAAGAAGAAGAAGAUGACUCCGUAGUUUAUCCGAGUUUAUCUGGUUAACAGCGUCACGAACCAGUGACAGAAACAGAUCAUUAAAAUGUUUUGGUUUGAUGGCUCCAUUCCUGAUGCUAUUAACUUGGCUAAACUGCGGAGUUCCGUCUUUGUCGUUGUCAUUACAGGGGGAGAUGAGCAGUCCGCACAGCUGAUGUCCAGCUGGGAGGAUGACAGAGUCUCAGAGGCAGCACACAACUGUUGUGUGGCUAUCAAAGUCAAUGACAAAAGUGAGCCAUGUGUGCAGUUCUCUCAGAUCUAUCCAGUGGUGUGCAUACCCUCAAGCUUCUUUAUUGGGGAGAAUGGGAUCCCUUUGGAGGUGAUCGCUGGAAGUGUGUCCGCUGAAGAACUGAUGAUAAGAAUCAACAGAGUAAAGCAGAUGCAUGCCCAGCAGAUGGCAGGUGGAACAGAACUCCCAGAGGCCAGUGGUCCUGUGGAGACGAGCAUGUUCGAUAGCAAGCCUCCUGUCGCAGCUUCAGCUCUAGGAACGCAGGUUAGGACGGGAGCAGCCUCACAACCUUCAGCAGCACGUGGGACUGCAGAAGCAUCCCUCUCAAGCACAGAAGAGGAUGGCAGCAUUUUAGCCUCCGUAACUGCAGAGAAUGCACCUUCAGACCAUGCAACGCAGAGUGAAGAACACCUGGAUGAUAAUGUGGAAAGGUUAACCAAGAAACUGGAAGAGAGACGAGAGAACACGAAGAGAGGAGAAGAAGAGAAUGAGAUUAAGAAGGAAAUGGAACGGCGCAAGAUGGGGAAAGACGUGCUGGACUUAAAGAGGCAACAGGAAGAGGAGAAGACCAAGCGACUCCUGAAGGAGAGGAACAGGGAAAAGGCUGAGGAGAAGGCAGCCAGGGAGCGGGUCAGACAGCAGAUUGCCUUGGACCGAGCUGACAGAGCAGCCCGCUAUGCCAAAACCCAGGAGGAGGAGAAGAGCACCAAGCAGAGCCUCCUGCAGGCCCAGCAGGCAGAGCAGGAUGCCAGGAAGGAGGCCUUCGUCAGGGAGAGGAGUACCAGAGCGAGGAUCCAGUUCCGGCUCCCUGACGGCUCGUCCCUCAGCAACCAGUUUCCCUCUCAGAGCAGACUGCAGGAGGCCAUGCUCUUUGUGGCUCAGGAGGUGGGAAACCGUUACGGCAACUUCUCGCUGGCAACCAUGUUCCCUCGGCGGGAGUUCACCAGCGAAGACCUGAAUAAGACUUUUCUAGAGCUGGAGCUUACUCCAAGUGCUUCCAUCGUGCUUCUGCCACAGUCAGGCAGGCCUGCUAACACAGUGCUGCAGUCCUCAGGGGGCGGUGUCUGGGCCCUCCUGGGCACAAUCCUCUACCCAGUGCUAGCUUUUGGGAGAUUCCUCAGCUCCUUCCUGUUUGCCACCCCGCCCCCUCCAGGAGCAGCACAGAGAGGCCCCGGCCCCCAGCCCAGCUCUUACUCUGCCGCUGCAGCAGCCUCUGACAGAGAAACUCUCCCCGUUCACACUGCGGAGAAGCGGCCCAAGGACUUCAGGAAAGAUGGUAAGAUCUGCAGGCUGAGGAACCAGGAGGACAGCGAGGACGAGAACAACACCUGGAACGGGAACUCCACCCAGCAGAUGUAGCGCAGCAGCUGUUUGACUUCUUUAAAUGUUGCUUUUGCACUUGAGGCUCUCUACUGUGCUCUCCCUGUGUCCCAGGCCUACGCCCUGACCCCCCAAUAAUAAUCAUCAGCAGAGUGUUUUUGUGUUGAUGGUGUCUCCUAACCCGGCUCAGGCUACAGCAGCCCCUUCCGGUUGUGAAAAGCGAACAAACAAGAACAUGUGAACUGAGCCAGCUUUCACAUUAUGUCAUGGAGUGGAAUGAAGACAUGCUUAUUUUAGAUGUAUAACAUAUUUCCUCAUUCAGCCUGCAAAAAAUAAAAUGAAAGCAGUCUGUUUUCCAAUGAUCCAUUCAA